GCUUUGUUCUGCUGCAGCGGAGAAAUAUGACAUGGGGACGAGAGAGAGAGAGACAGCCUGACAGGAAUUAACGGCUCGACAGAGUUUCUGGACUGCGAAACGUGAGGAUGGGGAGUAAUGACUGAAAGCAAAAGGGGUCCUCUGCCUCGCCGCUGUCUUCCUGUCCGGCGCUGCCCCUUGGAGCCAUGGACUAGCGCUGCGUCUGGUCCUGACAGUCCCACGGACAGCAGAUGGCUUUUCAACAACCCUCAGCAAAAACACAGAACAUGACAACGUGAAGGCUGGCGUCCACCAAGGCCACCGCUGCACCUUGGGCAGUGCACACACAUGAUCACAUGACUCUGGACAUGGACGUGGUCCUGUCAGACUUUGUUCGGUCCACGGGGGCAGAACCGGGUCUGGCAAGAGACCUGCUGGAAGGUAAAAAUUGGGACCUCGGCGCUGCUCUGAAUGAUUACGAGGAGCUCAGGCAGGUCCACACUGCCAACCUGCCGCAGGUCUUCAACGAGGGCCGCUACUACAAGCAACCAGAGGCACGUGACACGCCCACCCAUGUCAGCAAGAUCGACAGGCCAUGUGCACAGAAGCAGGAGGACAAUGCACAAGAGAAGCGUCUGUCCCGCGGGAUCUCCCACGCCAGCUCCGCUAUAGUCUCGCUGGCGCGGCUGCAGGUGGCCAGUGAGUGUACCAGCGAGCAGUUCCCCCUCGAGAUGCCCAUCUACACAUUCCAGCUACCAGAUCUCAGCAUGUAUAGCGAGGAUUUCAGGAGCUUCAUAGAGAGAGAUCUGAUCGAACAGUCCACGAUGAUGGCUCUGGAGCAAGCCGGUUGUCUGAACUGGUGGUCCACCAUGUGCAUUAGCUGUAAGAAGCUGCUUCCUCUGGCCACCACAGGGGACGGGAACUGCCUUCUGCAUGCUGCCUCUUUAGGGAUGUGGGGCUUCCAUGACAGAGACCUGAUGCUGAGGAAAUCCCUGUAUACCAUGAUGAAGAGCGGAGCGGAGAGAGACGCUCUGAAGAGGAGGUGGAGGUGGCAGCAAACCCAACAGAACAAGGAGGUUGGAAGAUCGGGGCUGGUGUACACCGAGGACGAGUGGGAGAGGGAGUGGAACGAGCUGCUGAAGUUGGCCUCCAGCGAGCCGCGCACUCACCUCAGCAAAAACGUCCACACGAGUGGAGGGGUGGAUAACUCUGAGGAUCCGGUCUAUGAGAGUCUGGAGGAGUUCCAUGUGUUUGUGCUGGCCCACGUGUUACGCAGGCCAAUCAUAGUGGUGGCGGACACGAUGCUCAGAGACUCGGAGGGAGAAGCGUUUGCUCCCAUCCCGUUUGGAGGGCUCUAUCUGCCUCUGGAGGUUCCCCCGAGCCGGUGUCACUGCUCCCCUCUGGUCCUGGCCUACGAUCAGGCUCACUUCUCCGCAUUGGUGUCCAUGGAGCAGAGAGACCAGCAGCGAGAGCAAGCUGUUAUCCCCCUGACCGACUCUGAGCACAAGCUGCUGGCACUCCAUUUUGCCGUGGACCCCGGCAGGGACUGGGAGUGGGGGAGGGACGACAAUGAUAAUACCCUGCUAGCCAAUCUCAUCUUGUCUCUUGAGGCCAAACUCAUCCUGCUGCACAACUACAUGAAUGUAACAUGGAUCCGAAUUCCAUCGGAAACAAGGGCUCCCCUCGCUCAGCCGGAGUCUCCCACAGCCUCUGCAGGUGAGGAUGUCCAGUCUCUUGCCGAGUCCAUGGACUCUGACCGCGAGUCCGUCGGCAGCAACUCCAACGUCAACAACGGCAAGCCCGGCAAGGAGAAGGACAAAGACAAGCAGCGCAAGGACAAAGACAAGGGCCGGGCCGAUUCUGUAGCCAACAAACUAGGUAGCUUCAGCAAAACCUUGGGAAUCAAGCUGAAGAAGAACAUGGGAGGUCUGGGUGGCCUUGUGCACGGAAAAAUGAACAAAUCUAACGCUGGCUCAGGUCGCAGCGUGGAGAAUGGAGGGGAGAAGACAAAGAAAAAACAGUCUAAGUCAACCAAAGGGAACAAGGAGGAGUCGGGGCAGUCAGCCAGCUCCACUUCCUCUGAGAAGGCCACUAGUCCCUCCCCCACAGACCGAGACGGACCCUCCAGCUCCUGCCCCCCGGGGAGACAGGACAGCGCUGCGCGAGAGAAGACCCUGGAAAACUGGAAAUACAGCACCGACGUCAAGCUCAGCCUCAACAUCCUGCGAGCCGCCAUGCAAGGGGAGCGCAAGUUCAUUUUCGCAGGCCUCCUACUCACCAGCCAUCGACACCAGUUCCACGAGGAGAUGAUCAGCUACUACCUGACCAACGCCCAGGAGCGCUUCAGUCAGGAGCAGGAGCAGAGGCGGAAGGAGGCCGAGAAGAAGCCGCCCGCCACCAAUGAGGUGGCCGCGAAGAAGCCCGAGCACGAGAGCAUCUUCCAGAGGGAGAGGUCGGACAGCUCGCCGCCGGAAAGCGGCUCUCCCACCCUGCCUCACCUCGCCCACGCCUGCAACCACAACCCCCAGCCCGCGCUGGGUCUCAGGGUGCAGGGCAGGAACAGUCCCGGUCCCGCAGCCCCUCUCGUCUCUGUCCCAGUCGUUCCACUCACCCCGCCAACAGCCUCCCCGGCCGCCCCGGCGCCCGCGCCUUACUCCUCCCCCAGUAUUGGUGCCAAGAGACCCGUGCCCGUUCCGGUGUCGGCCCACUACAGCCAUACGCCGUCCAUCCAGCGGCACAGCGUGAUUCACUUACAAGAUGUCAACCUGCAAUCAUCCAUCUUCCAAGAUGACCCGUACAAACCUGUGGUGGGCACCCUGAAGACGUGCGCCACCUACCCCCAGCAGAACCGCACACUCUCGUCCCAGAGCUACAGCCCCGCGCGUCUGUCUGGGACCCGCACUGUUAACGCUGCAGAGACGCUGUCCUACAACAUGCCUGGCGAACACAAGUCCCACACCUACACCAACGGAUUCAACGCGGGAGACAUUCAGGACUGCUUGGAGUUUGCUGUUGAGGACAACUCGUCUCAUGCGUGGCUGAACCAGGAGAAAACCAAAGUGCGGGGCACCGUCAGCCCUCUGUACUGCUUCCAGCAGCGCCGCUGCAAGAGGGAGAACUGCUCCUUCUACGGCAGGCCAGAGACGGACUACUACUGCUCCUACUGCUACAGAGAGGAGGUGAGGCGCAGGGAGAGGGAGAGCAAAGCGCAGAGGCCCGCGUAGCCUUCACAGCCCCAAGCAGCGGGAGACGCUAGGGGACGACACCAUCUGCACUCCGCAUUUAGAAAAACCCGACGGCAAACAUUUUCCUAUUUUGUUGAUUGACUGCUCUUGCAUUCCUGUCACCCCUCACUUGUUAGUAAGGUUUAUUAUUUUUUUUAUUAUAUGGAAGCAGUUGAAGAAGUUGAAACGGUGAACAGCUUUGGCCAGAAAUUGCGCUGUUUUUUUGUUUGUUUUUUCAUUUUGUUCUCAUUGAAGUUUACUUUUACUUGUUUUAGAGUGAAAGUCAUCUCUCUGUGAUGUAACUUUCUGUAUUCAAGGGAAAGUUCUUUGUUUUUUAAAGUACAAAAAGAUUUGCAUCUCAUCAGGAGGGAACAUUUUAGCUCUUUUAAUCAGUUUGAAUGCAAUACCUCUGCUUGGUUCUUCAGAUAUUUGUAGUUGUUUUGCAAUCAAAAGAAAUUCAAUGAGAGAUUUAUAUUAGACUAAAGCAAUAAAUUGGUGAUUUUUGCUACACCCUCUCUCAGUUUUGUCUAUGCACCAAUAAUAUAGUUACGGUAGGUUUACUGUGUCUUGUAAAUUGUAAAGGAUUGUCACGGUGUGCUUUUGUAAGGAGAUAGAUUGUAAUGUUGGAUUAGGGUGAAAAUGUAAAACUAUCUGAAUUCUUAAGUGUAACUUUGUUCUUGCCAGGGUUUCCUGUGUCAGAAUUUGACUCAAGAUAGUGUGUAAGAUAUCAUUUCACGUUUGUACCCGGAGUCAACCUCCUUAAGGCCUCAAGCACUGCCAAACUGGCUUCCGUUAACAAGAUUACCAUUCAAAUGUUUCAAGAUGCUUUCUUCGGAAAAAAACACACCGAACAAUGUGCAGAGGAUGUACUGCCCCUAAAAUAUGCAGCGUGCCUGGUGUGUUUCCCUGAAUCGCCUGUUAACUACUCUAUUCGGUCAAUGUGUUAGAUGAGAAGUGUAGAAUGAUGCGUAUUUGCCCAAAGUGUGAUCACGUGUCUCUUCCCCUUCUACACAAACAACCUCAGUGUGCAGUCAUGCUAUUAGCACAGCGCGGUGACCUGCAGUAUAGAUGUGUCACCGGUCCAGUGUGAGAUUGUCUGUCUGUUCUUCUUCCAUAUCUAGGAUGUCCACUGCUCCCUGGCUUCUGUCUCUCUCCUGUACAUACUGCAGUGUUGCUCCUCUUUGUUUGUAUGUGACAGAUUCAUGGACUCUCACCAUGUUAGGACUGUAAGAUAUGAUUUUGUAUUCCUUUAAGAGUUUUACACUACUAUAAAUUAUUAAUUUGCACAUUAGGUACAGAUGUAAAUAUGAAAAAAAAUAGUUUAUUGUUACAAACAUGGUGUGUCCGCGUCUUUUUUGCUUUUUCCUCAAGGAGGUUUUCAUCUGGAAAUUGAAAGAUAAGAUUUUUUUAAUCAAUAUCCAAUCAAGUCACGAUGUUUCUCUCGAUCACGCAUGUUGCAAUACACUUUUGAUAUCUA